CACUUAAGAACAAAUAAAUACAAAUAAUUUAAAUAGUUUUAAAGCAGAAUAACUCAAACUCAUUCAAUAAGCAAGCAAGCAAAUAAUAGCUUCAUACAUUUUUAAUAAAAGAAAACAAUCUUAAUAUUAAAAAAUAUAGGUAUUAAAUAUUUUAUUUACAUUUUUUAGACUGUUAUAGAUUAGGGAGUUUCCUUAGAAAUGUAAAACUGCAAUAUUUAAGUAGAGGAUUCACUUCGAAUGGAUGUUAUACAUGAAGAAGAUGAAUCAAAUGCAGCUAAAAUGAGUUUUUAAUAUCUUGAUGCACUUAGAUUUGAGUUGACUGCAAAUUUGAAUCAUGAUUGUUAGCUUAUUCGUAAAGCUUUAAACAGGCUUUAAACGAGUGUGUCGUAGAAAUAAAUAAACAAAUAAUUAGCUAGGUCUUAAUUUGAAUAAAUUAAAGAAAAGUUAGAUAAGUUUUUUGCUUAAAAAAUAGAACCGACUACUGAAUCAUAAUUAGAAAUACUGAGCUAUUUAUGUAAUGAUAUAAAUCAUCUUUUAUAACUGAUAAACGAAAAUUAUGAAGAACAAAGUGAUGUUUUUGCAGAUAGUAAAUACGAUUUAUCAAGUUCCUAAAUUGACGCAGUUAAGAAAAAAGGGAACGAUUAGUAUCAAUAAGUAAAAUAGAAGUCUUUUGCUAAAGCAAGCUAGUCUAAUAUUCAAACUGAAACUGACUACUAAUAAUAUCUUUAGCCUAACUCUCAUAGAAAAAACUAUUCCUAAUUAUCAAUCAGUGGUGGUUAAUAAAAUCUUUAUACCAACUAAGUCAAUUAAAUAAAUGUAAAACAAGCUUAAUCAAGAUUUUAGUCAAGUGAAAAUCUUUAAUAAAAUAUUACUACAAACAACGGUUAAUAUAUUUAAAUAAAUUUAAGUGACUAUAAAAGUAAUUAUAAAUAUUAAAAUAACUCAUAAGAUCAGGAUGCUAAUGAUUCUCAAAUUACAGCAAGCAGUACUUAUAUUGAAAAUGAAGAUUUAGUAAUAAAUAAACCAAAAAGCAUUGACAUAAAACUAAAUUCUUUUACAAUUUAUAAAUAAUCUAUUCAAACGAAUUUAACUGAUAUUCAAACAUAAAUUUAAACUGAUAAUAUAAACAGCGAAUUGAUUUAGUAGUAUUAGAAACAGAAUAUAAUAGAAACUUAAAAUCUAAAUCAAAUUGAAUCAUAAAAUCCAAAAAUUGAUCUUUUUUAGGUUAUUGAAAGUAAAUAAUAAAAUAGCAUUAAUACCAUGCUUUUUAAUGGCAAUUAAACUUAAUUAAAUGAUAAAAUUUAAUCAAAUAUUUCAGCAUAGUAAAUUGAAAAACCAUAAUCAAAUGACUCAGCUUUAUUUCAUGAUAAAACUUAAGAAAAAGAUGAAGCACACUAGAAUGAAGAAAAAAUUCAAACAAACAAUAAUAUAUUUUAAAAAUAAGUUAAACAAAACAUUUUAUCAUAAGAAUAAGAUAUUUAAGUAAAAAGCACUAAGAUAGUUGAAGAAGAAAAUGAAAUAAGUGAAAAUCAUUAAUCUGCUUAAUCAUAAAAUAUCUAAUUGGAAAAUAAGUAACCACAACUGAAUUAAAAGAGCAUAGAAUAAAGUCUAUAAAACGAUUUUGAGAGAAUUAAAUAAUUGUUUGAUGAUAAAUAUUUAGAUGACGUGGAAUAAGAGAGAAUUAAACUUAUCAAAAAAAUGGAUGAUUUCAAGUUAUAAUUUUAAGAGCAAGCAGUAUUAAAAAAUACCGUAAUAGAUUUUGAAAAUAAAAUAGGCAAAGAGCUUGAUUACUAUUAAAGAAUCUAUUAAUAACUAAUUCUAACCACAAGUUAUAUAGAAGAAAAAGAGGGAUGGUAAUAAGAGAAGACUAAGCAUGGAAUGAGCAUCUAAUAUAAAAAAAUUCCUAAUUCAAAGCUACUGGCUUUAAGAAUGGAGUGCGAAGAAAUGGAGAUGAAUAUAAAAGUGCUAAUAUCUAUAGUAUAUGAAAUUGAGCUUUAUUAAAUGUGGUUUCCUUUUUGUAAAGUUGGAAAAAACUUAAAAACAGUUGAUAAAGCUUGUAAAGUAGUUUAUUUGAAAAUGGAUGUUCCAUUUAUUUCAGAUAGAGAAGUUUUUAUUCAUGGGAUUGGUGUUAAUAGAUUGCAUAAAGAUGGUUCUAUUAUAAUAAUGGCACGUUCUAUAGAUAAAGAUAUAGAAUGCUAAAAAGAAACAGGGGUAGAUGUUCCAACUGCUUCUAAAUGUGUUCGAGUAGACAUUCCUUUUUUUACAUUUGUCUUCAAACCUUUAUCUGAAACUAAACUCCAAUUAUACUCUGUAUGCAAUAUGGAUGCACACUUAAAACUUGUACCUGAUUCUAUAAUUAAUCUAGUAUUAAGAAAAUUUGCUUACUUUCUAUUUGAAAAAAUGAUAGAACAAAAUAAAAAAUUCAAAGGAAGCAAAUGGGAAUAAAACAUGAAAAAUAAUCCUGAGUUUUAUGAAUGGAUUGAAAGAGAGUAUUAAAAAUUUUUCUAAUCAAGACCUGAUUCAAAGUUAAAAUCAGAAAAUUCUUAAUCAGCUAAUCCUACUCAUAAAAAAAAAUGA